UCAUUUGGGAAAGACAAGUUCAUUUUACAGGCUAUGCAUCUUCAGCCCGUGGAGGUCUACUCGCAGUUCCUUAUGUUCGGACACUGCGAGCUUGGACCUCCUGGAUUAUGAUGAUCAUUAUUACUGCGAUUAGAUCAUUCUGAUUAAUGACUGACCAUUAAGACGUGUCUCUGAUAAAUAUUUUAAUGUGCACAAUAAUAACCUUUCACAUUGUAAUCAUAUUUUUAUUUGUUAUCUUUUGCAUAUGUGUGGCUGCUCCGUGUGUGUGUGAGCAGAGUGCACGCGCGUUGUGCACCCGCCUAGAGACGCAUAUUACUAACUUGUUUAACAGUGAAAUACUGCGCCGUUGACUUUGGACCAGGUUUUUGUUGGUCACUGGCGCAUUUGCUUUUUACGUCAUCUAACUAGCAACGCGCCAUGACUGCGCCUGACCACUCCUCAUUUUUAGACCAACACACCCAGAGAAGCGCAAGUUCAUUUGCUAGUUAGACGACGAGGGCGCAGGGCGUGAAAAUGACAACUGCGUCUGCAUCUAAAUAGCAAUGACACUUGGGACAUGGAUUAUGCGCCCUCCGCUUUAGACCAUCUAAAUAGGGCCCAUGAUGUCAUAGGGUAUAAAGUCUGGAGCUGCUCCAUAGACAGUGAAUUGGAAAAGAUGUUCUGGAUGACGCUGAGGGCACCCAGAGGACUGCUCUGAGUAUAUAGGUACAUGUUCUGUUUCUGAGAAAACUACAAUAAAAUAAAGCUCAUUUGGGUAAAAAAGAAAAGAAAAAAAAGAAAAGAAACAUUCUGUGCGUUCACAAAAUCAGGCUCCCAUUCAUUGUCUAUGAAGCAGCUCCACACUUGAUACUUGAUGACAUCAAAAGUUUGAGACUUUCUUCUCUGGUUUAUAGCUUUGGGAGAGAGUAGCUUAUGUUCACAGGUGUUUAUGAAACUUUCCCAGGCCACUGACAUAGUAAAUUGGAACUCCUACUUUAGGUGGUGUUUCUCUUUACAGGUGGGGGCCAUCUGAUCCACCCAGUACCAGAACAUACAUUUGUAAAGAGGCAGUAAACUCUGACCUUUAUUUUAAGUAUAGUUUGUCAUUUUGUUGUUGUAAUGUUUCUUUAAUCCCUGAUUUUAAAAGUUUUUGUGGAAUGUAGUUUUAUGAGGAUUUUAUCAAUGGUUUUAUCGGUUUGUAACAUCCAGGAGGGAUAACCAAGCUCAAUUAGUCUAGAUAUCACUCAUUUCUUAUCCAUAUGUGGUUCUUUUUGUAUUCAUACACCACAAUUUCAUUCACAUCUUUUAUAUACUUUAGCACAUCAGCUGUCCAUUAUGGAGGCCAUGCUAACCAGGAGCCGCCAGACCACAAUCUGCUCCCAGCUGGGGAGAGUCAAACUACGGCUGCUGUACAAGGCCAGCAUCCAUGGUUUCACUGGUGCAGCCUUCCACCAACAAUGUGACCAGCGUGGUCCCACAGUGUCUGUGGGCUAUAACGCCUCUGGUUAUGUGUUUGGAGGCUACACCCAACAACCCUUCACUCAGUCUGGACAGUUUGUGCGUGAUGACCAGGCCUUUGUUUUUACCUUCAGUGGAGAAAGGCUCCUCAAAUAUCCAGUCAAUCCUGCCAGUCCAGGUAAUGCAGUGAAAAUGAUAGCCAACUCUGGUCCAUAUUUUGGAGAAGCGUUGGUUCUUGUUAAUGGAAGCAAAGCAGUUGUCCAUAGCAGUCCAGGAAAUCACUACAACUUCAAUGCUGCAGAAAUGCAUGGCAACGACCUGAACCUGACUGAGUGUGAAGUCUAUGAAGUCGAGGAAACCACAGAAUUUGAGAGGCCAUGGAGGACUAUAAACUGGGAAUCUCAGAACAAGAAGGAGCUGAUGGAGAGUAUUAAAAUGUACAAACCCACAGUCAGCUCUGUGUCCCAGGCUCGGGUUCUGCUCAUUGGACCAGUUGGAGCUGGAAAGUCCAGUUUCUUCAAUUCUAUCAACUCUGUAUUCAGAGGCCACGUCACCAGUCAGGCCAUCGCUGGCUCCUCUACCACCAGCCUCACAACACAGUUUCGCACCUUCUCAAUGAAAGCUGGGCGAGAUGGGAAACCUCUGCCAAUCAUCUUGUGUGAUACCAUGGGACUGGAGGAAAGCAGAGUGGCGGGGCUUGAGAUCGAUGACAUCAGCAGCAUCCUUAAAGGUCAUCUGCCAGACCGUUAUCAGUUCAACCCCUCUGCUCCUCUGCAUUCGGAGGCCCACGGCUAUCGUAAGUCUCCAAGGCUCAAGGACAAGAUCCACUGUGUGGUCUAUGUCGUUGAUGCCUGCAAGGUCUCAAUCAUGCCCACAAAACUGGAAGAGAAGCUGGAUGCUGUCCGCAGAAAGGUCAACUUAAUGGGGAUUCCUCAGCUGGUCCUGAUGACUAAAGUGGAUGAAGCCUGUGCCUUUGUUUCACAGGACAUCAGGAACAUUUAUAGGAGCGGCUACAUCGAGGAACUGAUGCAGGAGGUCAGCGCUCGGCUCGGUGUGCCGAUGUCCUGCGUCAUUCCGGUGAAGAACUACAGCAAAGAGUUGGAGCUGGACCUGCACUGUGACAUCCUGCUGCUCACUGCCAUUAUCCAGAUGCUUCGCGCUGCCGACAGUUACUUCGAUGACCUCAGUGAACGAUUCAGCAACAUUGAAACCAAAGAAUAAGCACAGCAGAUGUUUAUAAAAUGUUCCUCAAAAUGACCCACCGUCCAGCAGGUCAGAUCCAAGAUGGAAGCCGUGUAGUUGUGACAGGUGGUCGACAUUUAAAAACAGGUACAAGCAGUGUAUGUCUCAUUUUUAUUACCUGAAUCAGUUUUAUUGUUGUUUUAUAUGUAACUGCCACACAUGGUGUCUUUGGGCCUUUCUCUACUAAUCAAGUUUUUCCUGCCACAUUAGUGCAUGUAUGGAAAGGUUAUACAGCUGAUUACAUAUAUCCAAAUCUGAUUUAACUGAAACUGAGACUUUAUAAUAUUGUAAAGAAUUAUACAAAGCAGUUCAUAUUGACAGUAUUGUUUGAAAGUUUGGAUUUUCUGCCACAAAAGCUCGACUGGCUACAGUCAGAGGAAUACUCUGUGUGUUUAUAUGGUCUUUUCUUUAUGCUUUUAGGUUGUAGAAAGUCGUCUUUACAAAUACAUGUUAUCCGUAUGGAGGGUUUCUUUUUGUUCACAGAACACAAAACAUUGUACAAUCAUUUAACUCUCUUUCUUCUGGUGUUUAAAUGAUCAUGUUUUUUUUUAUGUACGUUAAAAAAGCCAUUAUUGAAGGAAAGAUGAAAAACAUAAAUGUAUUAGGGGAUUCCAAACUUUUGAGCAGUGGUAUGUUGCAGUAGCUGCUGAACAUUAUGCAUCCAGAGUCCUGUACUACAAAGCUAGUUCAGCUUACCCAGGAUAUAUUUUCGUUACCUGGCUUGACAAAGCCCUAACAUUGGCCGUCUGGAUAACCGGUACUACAAACCUGGUUAUCAACUAGUUCAGUCAACUCUGGGUUUUCCUAUCCAGCCAUGAGCGAAAAACUGGCCUGCAACGAGACAGUAAAAUGUCACUGAUGUGGGAUGUAAAUGAUACUCUGUUAUCUUAUAAUGGAAAUGUAGAGAUAUUGAAAAUACUAUCUAAAAAGUCACCAUUGGCUGAGUCUUAAAUUACACGUAGGUAUCACUAGACUAGAAGUGACAUAGUAUUGAGUAUUUGUUGUCCUUUAGUUGGGUGAUGAUGAAACUACUUUUAAUAUGUUAAAUAAAACACUUUAAGGUGAUGUCAGAGUGUUUCUGCUACUGCAAUGAAGGGUGGAAUGACUGAUUAUUUUACUAAUAAAAUAUCUUUUUUUCAGUU